AUGAAGGCUACAUGCGCUCGGAAAGCGCGAGCUUCCAGGGCGGAGCGAAACCCGGGCGCGGUGCCCAGCGCGGGGAUGGCACGAAACUGCUCGGGAAAGAAGGGAAGUCUGCAAUACUGCCUGUCUAGGCUGGCCAUGGUGUUGUUGAUUGCAACUAUUGUCUUCGCACUGCUGUCACUGCGCCGCCGUACUGAUUCGCGUCAAAAAGCGCUCGUGCCAGAAGAAGAGUUUCUAGACUUGCGGCAUAAGAUUGAUCAGAUCAUGAAUAAGCGCUUCGACAAGAGUGCAGCGAUCAAUAGGCUUGGAAGAAUAUUGAGCUUCAAGACAGUAUCAAGUAGAGAGAAUCCCGAUCACCUGGAGAACCGUUCCAGUGUCGAUAGUCUGCUUCAGUUUCUUCGUUCAGAGGAUGGCUUCCCGCUGGGCUCGCGGAGGCUAAAAUGGGAGCUUUUCAGCAGUAACCUCUCACUAUUGCUCACUUGGGAGGGAAGUAAUCAGAAAUUGGAUCCAAUUUUACUCAUAUCGCACUUGGACGUCGUACCCGUCGCCACAAAAGAAAGAUCCUCAUGGGAUUACGAUCCGUUUGGCGGAAUUUACGACAACGCUUCCGGAUAUCUUUAUGGAAGAGGGGCUCUCGACACGAAAUCGACUGCCGCUGGCCCGUUAGAAGCCAUUGAAUUGCUUUUGCGUGUUUUCGGGACAAAUUAUCGACCAAUGCGCACGAUCAUUCUGGCGUUUGGGCACGACGAGGAAGUCGGGGGCAGCCUCGGCGCCGCAAAACUUGCGCAAACCCUGAAGGCGCGAAACAUCAACCCCAAAUUCUGCUUGGACGAAGGCGGCUCCGUGACGCGGGGUAUCCUGCCAGGGCUGAAACAGCCAGUUGCACUCAUCGGAGUGUCGGAAAAAGGAUGGUGCGCCCUGAACAUUACAGUAUCGAGCCAUGGAGGCCAUUCCUCCGUUCCAUCCAAGUACGGGACGGUUGUGGAUCACGCUUCGCGACUCAUUUUGGCUAUAAGAAAGGCUAAGCUUCCGCAAAACAUUGACCCUCCGGUCUCCGAUCUACUAGAAUACCUAGCUCCACACCUUCCACAGCCAGUGCGUUUCCUGCUCUCGAACAAGAAAAUAUUUUCGGGUUUAUUGCAACUUCUUGCUCGACAAAGGGAUGAACUCGCAGCCCAGAUAGGGCCAACUUUUGCGACUACAAUGAUCCAUGGUGGCGUCGCACUGAAUGUGAUUCCCGAUUCUGUAGCUUUCAUCCAGAGCUGGAGGACGAAUAAGAACCUUAUGAACGCGACCCAUUUUGUGGAAAGAGUGAUUCAGCAGACACCAAGCCUGCUGAAUAAACUUUUUCGGAUCGACGUGCGAGAUAUGGGCGAGGGAUGCACGCCGCCAUCGCCCAUUUCUAAGCUUGAUGCUUAUUUUCGCAAAGUUCAGCGUUAUAUCAGCGUGGCAUACGGCACAGAAACGUUGAGUGCGCCAUUCGAAUGGCUUGGGGGCACGGACUCGAAGUGGUAUAUACAUUACGGCGUCGGGGAACGGCACUAUCGCUUCGGACCAAUAUUUCUCGAUGGCAAUGCGGACUUUCAACGCAUCCAUUCAACAAAUGAGCGCCUUCAUAUCGAUACGUAUGAGAAGAUGGUGCGUUUCUAUCUGGCACUGAUGGUGGAUAGCGAAUAG